AUGAGUUUGAAUGUAAUUGGUAGAGCUAUGGAGGCUAGAAAUUUUAAAAUAGGAGAUCCCCAAGCUCUCCCCGAUUCCGCGGCUGACCUAGCUAUCUGUCCCGAAGCAGAGAGCAUUUUCAGAGAAAGCAUAGAAGGUCCGUGCUAUGCCUACAGUGGACGCGGGACGUCUGAUAUCCGCCAUUCUUCUGAUAAACCAACACCUCUGUCCUACUUCGUCGAUUACUUGAAGUUGGACUCUAUACGCAAGGCUCUUGGAACAGGAGACUUUGUGUACCCGAAUUUCCUCGAGGACGUUGAAAUACUUUUGGACAAUGACGUUAGAGUAGCUUUGUUUUAUGGAGAUGCCAAUUUCAUUCGUAAAUGCUUCGUAGGCCAAGCAGUAUCCCUCGCGGUAAACUACACCUAUACCCGAGAGUUUGCCGCAGGAUCGCCCCUUUCACGGCACCGACCUGUUGCUGCUUUGGAGAUGUUCAGAUGGACCCUGCUUGGCUUGGGUAUUCCUGAUGGAAAUUUAAGAGUUUCGGCGAAUUACUCGAGCACAUGCAUUGUCGUCGACUACGAGCUCGUCGGUGUCGAUGGGUUCUAG